CCCCCGGCACCAGAUUCACACCGCGCCGUGCGGCCGCUGCCUCUAGGUAGCUGCAAGCAGCAGCCGGCCGGGGCGGACGCGCGUGUUCGCGAGCUGCGAGCUAGCUAGUUGCAGCGCAGGCGUACGGAUCGCUGCCGCGCCGCGGCGAGCCAGCUGCUCCGCAAUCGACAAGCCGGCCGCGGGCGCGGGGAGCGAGGAUCAGACCGAGACCGAGAGACAGGCCGCGCGGUCAGCAUGUUCGAGGGGAUGGAGAGGGCGGGGUACGGCGGCGCGGCGGCGAUGGGCGGCGUGGUGCUGUCGCGGGACCCCAAGCCGCGGCUGCGGUGGACGCCCGACCUUCACGAGCGCUUCGUCGAGGCCGUCACCAAGCUCGGCGGGCCCGACAAAGCGACGCCCAAGUCGGUGCUGAGGCUGAUGGGAAUGAAAGGGCUCACCUUGUACCACCUCAAGAGUCAUCUCCAGAAAUACAGGCUUGGAAAGCAGAGCAAGAAAGAUACAGGCUUGGAAGCCAGCAGAGGGGCAUUCGCAGCACAGGGCAUCAAUUUCUCCGCUCCAGUACCUCCUAGCAUUCCAUCUACGGCCGGUAACAAUACGGGAGAAACGCCACUUGCGGAUGCGCUGAAGUACCAAAUUGAAGUCCAAAGGAAACUCCAUGAGCAGCUUGAGGUGCAGAAGAAGCUGCAAAUGCGAAUCGAGGCCCAAGGCAAAUACCUGCAAACAAUACUAGAGAAAGCCCAGAACAACCUGUCCUACGACGCAACAGGAGCUGCGAACCUGGAGGCAACCAGGUCGCAGCUGACAGACUUCAACCUCGCGCUCUCAGGUUUCAUGGACAACGUGUCACAAGCGUGUGAGCAGAACAAUGGCGAACUGGCGAAAGCCAUGACCGAGGACAACCUCAGAGCGAGCAAUCUAGGCUUUCAGCUGUACCAUGGAGUUCAUGACGGCGAGGAUGUCAAGUGCACUCCAGAUGAAGGACUGCUGCUGCUGGAUCUGAACAUCAGAGGAGGCUACGACCACCGGUCUACGGCGGAUUUGAAGAUGAAUCAGCACAUGAGAUGAAAAAUCUGUAGAAGGACGACAGCCAUAGUUUAAUCUAAGAGUUCCCCUUGUGUUGUGAGAAAUUCUUUCGGCAAUCCUGAGGAUGCUUGUUUACAGCGUUGGUCUGAUGUAAAAUUUGUGGCAAGAGGCUCCGAAUAAGCAUAGCAAUUGAGCUAAUCUUAUACGAGAUCUGUGUAAUUCAUAUGUAUCUAGAAUCGAAAGAGCUGCAAGGGUCAUGCAGCGUUUCCAAGCA